UACAGUAAUUUCCAUGUUCCCUGAAGAGGCACACUUGAGUGCAUGUACAUGAAUCAGUGUCUUCAAUGCUUUUUUUCCCCCAAGAAACUCAAAGGUUUAUUGUUGCUACAUCCUGCAACUCAAAUCGACGACCACAUUUCUGCAUCCCAGCAUGCAUUUGUAAAAAAAGGAACUGUAAAAUUUUACAAGGAAAAAAUAUUCUUCGAUCUCCCAUUCAUUAUCAUAAAUUGGAAACGUGUAGCUGCAAUGAAUAUAUGAGUAACACUUGAACUGAACUGCGUGACACUCCUGUUUGUUUUUUACUUGACCAUUUAAGUAAAUUUCUACCACCUGUAAUGGCCCUUCUGAACCAAUGAAAUCACCCGAUAUUGAUAUCAAACAUUAAUUUCCAAAUAUAAUUCAUGCUUUAAUAGCCUGCAAAUGUAUCAACUGAAUUGUUUAUUUAAAACAAGCAAGGCUCAAACAUUCAUCUCUCAGGUGUCAUCUGUUCAGCUGUGUAUUGUUAGUUACAUAACCCUGAAACAAAGCGAUUUCACCAUGUGCCAAUGGGUUCUGUCUGCUGAGUAAAGCCUCUGGUGUUUUCUGGUCGUCUUUUCUACAUAUCAAUUUAUAAAUCCAAAAACAAGCACCCAAACAAUGGGUUAAUGCCAUGCCAACUACACAUAAUAAAGCAAACUUACUUUGAUGGGAAGCAAAGUUCAUGGACUUCAAAAUCAUUGUCUGAUAAAGUAAUAAGGAUUUUUCACUUUAAUACAAGAGUCAUAGAAAAGGCUUCAGAAUAUAUUAGUGUGGUGAUUUGGUUGCUUUGUAUUUCUUUGCACUCUAGGUGUCACCGUUAAAUCUGAAUUCGACCGACUGAGGUGCUGAAAAGCCGCUGGACAGAUCUUAACUUGCAUCUUUGUGAUGCUGCUUGUGGCCCAGAAGAAGGUGGUGAAGAGGGAGGAAGUGGCCAAGAGGGAUUCGGAGCGGUGCCGUCUCAACACGGUGCUUCAGAUCCAGCAGCUUCUCGGGAGUCUGCAGCUGGAUCACGUCAGAAAAGAUCUGCUGACUGGACAAAAUCAGGCUCCGGUGCUGCCGCCCCAUCAGCUGCAACACCUGGUCCAGCUCGCCGCCCUGCUGGGAGUCACAAAGGACAACUCUCUGAGCUUGGAUCGUCGGAUGGAGAAGGCUGCCCAGGCCUACUUGGAUCUUUUGGAUGGGAAGGACAAGCCAGUUGUUGGAACAACAUUCAAGCAGCUGAAGGAGGAACUGAGUGAACUGUUGAGCAGCGAGUACUUUAUCUGUCUGCCUGCUCCUCCUCCUCCUGUCAAGCCCCUCGAUGUGCCACUGACCUCCAGCAACACCAAAGUAAAGCCAAAACCAAAUGAAGUGAAGGAGUUUUUCAACAGACUGUACCUGUCUGACAUGGCGACUCCUCCUACUCAGAGCGGAAAGGAAGUGCUGACCAUGACGGAGCAAGAGCCUCCUGACUCCUGGGACAUGGAGCUUGUCGAAGAGCCAGACUCAGCAGAAGUCUCCAAGCCGUGGAGAGGAGCUGCCACCUUCAUUCCAAAGGUCUCGGCCAGCAAGAAGCAGUCCAUGUGUGGAAAACGGAGGAAAGGGAAUAAGGCCAAAAUAGAGCAAAGCAAUAAGUUGGCCAGUCACACAGAAAUGCCUGUAGAAGUUUUCAACUCGCCGACGUUCUUGCCACAAGACCCGGUACUGAGGAAGCGGCACUUGGAGGACUUCAUGACCAACUGCGAUGGAUCUUUUUGUUUCAUGCAGGACUCUCUUUUGGAUGGUGAGGCCUCGCCUUCCACUGUUCCCUCCCGGCUGAAGUUGCAUGGAUCGCAGUCUUCUCUGGGUUUGAGAAGCCCUGUAGACAUUCCUCUUAAAACGCUUCACUCCACUCCACUUCCUGCCAGACUCCUGGAGCGCAAAGCCAGUCUGACUAAUGGAGAUCCGAGCCUGCAGAGUUUCCAACAGGGCUUUUCCCCAAAGAACCUCUCUCGUGAGCUUCUGCACUUGACGGAGAGGAAGAAGUUCCCCUCACCUCCACUUUACUGCCGUGAGUCGCCCAUCUCUGUGAGCCUGGAGAAGAACCGUCCUCAUACCCCUGUGGCUGGAUCUGGAAAGCAAUCCCCUCUGAGCAGAGUCGUGUCUCGCUCCUCCACCCCCUCUCAAGACCAGAGUUUCUCCACUCCUCCCUCCAGACGAACUCUCAGCUCUACACACUACAAGAACAUCCAGGCAGUCUUGGAGCAGACUGCUUUGCCUACCCAAAAAUGUGUUGGUGCCUGCAAACCAGAUUUUGGUGAACCUGUGUUGAUCACCACCAGCACCCAAACUCCACCUGAAUUUGCUCCCUUUCCACAGCAAGGCUAUUUCCUGUCGCCUGGUCAGAUGGGUGCCAACGGCGGCAGACCUGGGCCACCCCAUUACAGUAGACGGUCUCUGAGAGGAGGAGCCUAUGUCCCUCAUGGGCCCGUCAGAGAGUCAGGCCCACACAUCUAUGCCGGAUGGGAGUCUGGAUAUCAGCAAGGCUACCACCAUGGGGGGCGGCACAACUCUGCCCCCUGGAGCGACUCUUCCCAAGUGAGCAGUCCAGAACGAGAGGCAGAGUUCACGAUUGUGGAUUCGGGUCACGGAGAUUCCCUGUCGGCGUCGACCAUGGAGGUCCCUCUCACCCCCCACGGCCAUCACACCACACUGCUGCCCAUGCCGGUGUACCCGCUCUCCCAGCCCAUCAGAGUGGCCUUCACUGCCUCGCGCACCGCUAACUUUGCCCCGGGGAACCUGGACCAGCCCAUCGUCUUCGACCAGCUGCACAGCAACCUCGGCGACAUGUACGACUCUCGCAUAGGCCGCUUCACCUGUCCGGUCAACGGCAUCUACGUUUUCAUCUUCCACAUCCUCAAGUUGGCCAUCAACAUCCCCCUCUACAUCAACCUCAUGCGUAACGAGGAAGUAAUGGUGUCCGCCUACGCCAACGAUGGCGCCCCCGAUCACGAGACGGCCAGUAACCACGCCAUCCUGCCACUCUUUCAAGGAGACCAGGUGUGGCUCAGGCUGCACAGAGGAGCCAUCUAUGGAAGCACCUGGAAGUACAGCACCUUCUCUGGAUUCCUGCUGUACCAGGACUGAAUUCAGCUCUGGUCCUGCAGCGCUCUGUGUAACUCAUCCUGGAGGGGAAUUCAUGUCCUCGAGUUGUACAUCUUGUGUUCAACCCAUGAGUGUGUUGUUUUCAAUUAGGUAUUUGCUUGUUUGUCUUUCUGAUUCGAGUGUGUGUGCGUUAAGUGGAUUUAGUCUCACAUUGUUGUGAGGAAGGAAGCGAGGGUGAACACGUGAGGGACGACUGUUGCACUGAGACGAUGUCAAAUGGCCUCCUGAUGUGGCUUAAUAAACAUGAGCAGUGAAUAAUGGCUUCCUCUCGUGGCUCAACAUCUUAUUGGCUGAAUGACAACUGGCUCCCUGUCAUGGUGGCCUUGGCACUGUUCCUGAAGCCUCAACAUUGGGCAAUCUCUGCUUCUGCUCUGAAGAGGUUGUUGAAUUUGAGAUGAAAAGGUUAUAGACACAAAAUCGAACUUGUGACUGAGAUACAGCUGACGGAUUAAUUGGUCCUCAAAUUGUGGAGUACAGAACAUGAGGGCUAAAAGCUGACUAACCUGAUAUUAGCAGAGGCAACACUCGGAACAGAAGUGACGGUGAGGAAUUUAUUAUGAUACUUGAUGACUUGAUUUUGACUGCAAAUUGUGACAUGGAAAAUGAGGACAAGUGAACAAUCGGUCAAAAUGAAUACAGAGAAGGGGAAAAAUUAGUUCUUCACUCCAUAACGUAGAAUGCAUGCUGUUCAUUCUAUUCGUUACUCUGGGGAAUUAUUGAAAUAGA